GAAGACUCUUAAAAGGGCAGGGGAUCCCUAGGUCCUUAGGGGUCAGCUGUCCACACUCGCUCACUCUUCCAUCUCCUGUGGUGCAGUCAUGGCCAUGCAGAAAAUCUUCGCGCGAGAAAUCCUGGACUCCAGGGGCAACCCCACAGUGGAGGUGGACCUGCACACUGCCAAGGGUCGAUUCCGAGCGGCUGUGCCCAGUGGCGCUUCCACAGGGAUCUAUGAGGCGCUGGAGCUGAGAGAUGGAGACAAGUCACGCUAUCUGGGGAAAGGAGUGCUGAAGGCUGUGGAGCACAUCAACAAGACUCUAGGUCCUGCUCUGCUAGAAAAGAAACUAAGUGUUGUGGAUCAAGAGAAAGUUGACAAAUUUAUGAUUGAGCUGGACGGGACAGAGAAUAAGUCCAAGUUUGGGGCCAAUGCCAUCCUGGGUGUGUCCUUGGCUGUCUGUAAGGCUGGAGCAGCUGAGAAAGGGGUCCCGCUCUACCGACACAUCGCCGACCUUGCAGGGAACCCCGACCUCGUACUUCCUGUGCCUGCCUUCAACGUGAUCAAUGGAGGCUCUCACGCCGGGAACAAGCUGGCCAUGCAGGAGUUCAUGAUCCUGCCAGUGGGAGCCAGCUCCUUCAGGGAGGCCAUGCGCAUUGGCGCCGAGGUCUACCACCACCUCAAGGGGGUCAUCAAGGCCAAGUAUGGGAAGGAUGCCACCAAUGUAGGGGACGAGGGUGGCUUUGCACCCAACAUCCUGGAGAACAAUGAGGCUCUGGAGCUGCUAAAGACAGCCAUUCAGGCAGCAGGUUACCCAGACAAGGUGGUGAUUGGCAUGGAUGUGGCAGCAUCCGAAUUCUAUCGCAAUGGCAAGUAUGACCUAGACUUCAAGUCCCCCGACGACCCAGCGCGGCACAUCAGCGGGGAGAAGCUUGGGGAACUGUACAAGAGUUUCAUCAAGAACUACCCUGUGGUCUCCAUCGAGGACCCCUUCGACCAGGAUGACUGGGCAACAUGGACCUCGUUCCUCUCUGGGGUGGACAUCCAGAUUGUGGGAGAUGACCUUACAGUCACCAACCCCAAGAGGAUUGCUCAGGCUGUGGAGAAGAAGGCGUGCAACUGCCUGCUACUCAAGGUCAACCAGAUCGGCUCUGUGACGGAGUCCAUCCAGGCCUGCAAACUGGCACAGUCCAACGGCUGGGGCGUGAUGGUGAGCCACCGCUCUGGGGAGACGGAGGACACUUUCAUCGCUGAUCUUGUGGUGGGGCUCUGCACGGGACAGAUCAAGACUGGUGCCCCCUGUCGCUCAGAGCGUCUGGCCAAAUACAACCAGCUCAUGAGGAUUGAGGAGGCUCUCGGGGACAAAGCUGUCUUUGCUGGACGAAAGUUCCGUAAUCCAAAGGCCAAAUGAGAAGCUGGAGGCCCUAGAAUUCCACAGGACAGGACAGGCCUUCAAGCCCUCCCUGAAAUAAACACCGCCAAACAAGA